CGCGGUGACUCCAGACACAUCAGAAAAGGUGCAUGCAUAAGAAAAAGACUUUGCAUUUGCACGCAUGCAUUUGACUCUGUGGAUUUAAGGUUAUUCUCGCCAGGGACAUUUAGGAUCGUUACGCAUAUGGCUCAAAUAGAUUGGCAUCAGUGUUCAAUCGUGAUACUCCCUUCCUCCUCGACAGGCAUAUGUAUUUCGUAUCACCGUUUCUUCCAAUAAGCACCAAUGCAUCCAUGCACCCGCCUCCCUGCGCUCUCAAAUAGAUGGUGCAAGUAAAGAUGUCCAAAUCUUCCGCAGACCCUCUGUCUCGUGUAGAAAACGCGUCUCAGUCGCACUAUUUUCAGUUACCACGAAAGUUACCGAAGCGCAAGGGCCGUUUUAAACGCUCGGAUGGCAGCACUUCUUCUGACACCACCUCCAGCUUCAUCAAACGACAGGGUUCAGCCGAUUCGUACACGAGCAGGCCUUCGGAUUCCGACCUGUCAGCGGAGGAGGACCGCGAGGCGUAUCGGCGUGAAGCCGAACGCCAGGCCCAGCUGCAGCUCGAAAGAGCCAAGUCCAAACCUGUAGCGUUCGCAGUGAAGACGAAUGUGAACUAUUGCGGGGCUCUCGAUGAAGAAUGUCCCGUUCAGGGUGCUGCCAUAAACUUUGAAGCCAAAGACUUUCUGCACAUUAAAGAGAAGUACAAUAAUGACUGGUGGAUUGGAAGACUGGUGAAGGAGGGGGCAGAUAUUAGCUUCAUUCCCAGCCCUCUCCGACUGGAGGCCAUGAGACUCAAACAGGAGCAAAAACAGAGGAAAAGUGGUAACUCCUCUGCAAGUCUGGGUGACAUGGUAUCUGGAGGCUGGAGAUCCACACCGCCAUCUGCAGGUGAGACCAAACAGAAGCUUAAGCAGACUGAACACAUUCCUCCUUACGAUGUGGUCCCAUCCAUGAGGCCUCUGGUUCUGGUGGGUCCUUCACUGAAGGGCUAUGAGGUGACAGACAUGAUGCAGAAAGCUCUGUUUGAUUUUCUCAAACAUCGCUUUGAUGGACGGAUCUCUAUAACGCGGGUGACUGCUGACCUUUCUCUGGCCAAGAGAUCAGUCCUCAACAAGAGACCCAUCAUGGAAAGAUCCAACACAAGAACCAGUUUAGCGGAGGUACAGAGUGAGAUUGAAAGAAUAUUUGAGUUGGCUAAAACCCUUCAGCUAGUAGUUCUGGAUGCAGACACCAUCAACCACCCAGCACAGCUGGCUAAAACCUCACUAGCUCCCAUCAUAGUCUACGUCAAAGUCUCUUCACCAAAGGUCUUACAGCGGUUGAUCAAGUCGAGGGGAAAAUCGCAGAGCAAACACCUGAAUGUUCAAAUGAUGGCGUCAGAUAAACUGUCUCAGUGUCCACCUGAGAUGUUUGAUGUCAUUUUGGAUGAGAACCAACUGGAGGACGCCUGUGAACACCUCGCAGAAUAUCUGGAAGUCUACUGGCGUGCCACUCAUCUGCCAGGCACCGCCCCCCUUAAUCCACUACUGGAGCAAAAUCUGAUGACCCCGCCCUCAGCGAUCUCUAGCCUACAGAACCAGCAGUUGUCGCUGGCCGGGGGUGGAGGGGCGGUUGAGGAGGAAGAGCAGGGGGAGCAAGACAGCCUCAUGCCUUCCGACGAGGCCAGUGACUCUCGAUCCCUCCAGCGUGGCGGCUCUAGCUCCCUGCACCCCCCGGAGGACGAGGAAGAGGAGGAGGAGGAAGAAGACGAAUACAAACCUAAUCGCCACUCCCAAGCGUACAGGGACAUGUACCCGCCCAACCGUAACCACCCAGGGGGUAUCCAGAGCGCUAACGGACACGAGGCACAGGACCGACUCCUGCGGCAGCGAGACUCGCAAGAAGGACACAACCAACGGAACAACCGGCAGCGCGCGUGGCCGAGAGACAACUACUGACCGCACCAUCGGGAGAUGUUAGGGAGGGUCAGGGUUAUGAAUCGGAUUGAUGUGGAUGGGAAAAGUUCUUGCUGUUUUUUGAGCUUUUGUGGUCAUUGAGGUAUUGCACUAUGUUGGCGUUUAAAAAACAGCACAGCUUUUCUCUUUAAAGUGCAAACGCAUGUUCUUAUUAAAAUAGAAUUUGAGCUUCCUUUGGAUAAAACCCCAAUUGAGUCGAGUAUUACUUUUUAUUUUUUUAUUUUGCAUAUCGGUUUUCCCUCUCCCUGAACCUAAUGAGCACAGAUGGCAUUAUGGGAAAAGAAAAAGCACUUUUAUAGCAUGGGUUGUUAAUCAUAAUGAAAGAUAUCGUAGCAAUUUGUUGCAUCUUAUUUUAUAUGCUUCUUGUUAAUGCUUUGUAAUGGUGAAGGUCACCAUAUUUUGGUUUCUUUUCUCAUGGCCUCUGGACAGCUUCAGUCACUCAGGCGCCUGGUAUAAUAAGUCACUCUUUGUCACAGAUGUAGCACACAUUUUGCAAAAGCACCAUGUAAAUGUGUUAGGAUAUAUAAAGGGAAGGAAUUCAGGGCAAACAGGGUUACGCUCUGCUUUUGUGGAGUGGAACUUAUAAAUCGCAAAUGUAGUCUUGGAUUGCACAUCAGGCCAGAAUAAAGAGAGGCAGUCAAUUUCCAUAAUGCUGCAUAUGAAUCGAAACAGGUCAGGCCACUUUUGUCCUAAGAAAUGAUACACAUUGAAAACUGGACAUGCCGCAAGUAAAUCAUUGUCUGUAUUUUUGCUUUUUUAUAGAAGCUCUUGUAGCUCACCAGUUUUUGGUAAUUGUAGAUUUGGGAAACGUUAUUUUAUAACUAUCUUCAUAGGUAGUUUUUUAUGACUUUUGGAUUUGGCCGAGAGUUCAUUGUAUACAUUUGCAAGUCAUCUGUUGGUAGAGAAAGCAUGAGGAUGAGGAAACAGGCUACUCGUGAAAAAAUAUAUAGGAGAAUCAAUAAUGCUGCGAAUGUAGGAACCCUCUUAAACAAGAAAUGUAUUCAUGUGUACUAUUAGGUGGUCUUCACACACAAUGCGUUUUUGAAUCUUAAAACGGGUUUUGAAAAGCGCAAAACUUGAGGGUCUCGAGACACACUUUUAAUGACAGAAAUUGCCCGGCCAACUUGAUAAUGCACAAUACGUUGCAAUAGACGCGAGUUGGGGGGAUAAUAACAUAAUAAAAUAUGUCGAUUUAGCGCAUAUUUACAUAUAAAGCAAUGCAAAAGCACUGGAAAGGAAUGGAAAACAUGUUUUGUGUGAACCGUACAUUAGUAUACUUAUUUUAUAAUAAAAAUAAAAAAGUAUACUUUAAGCCUACAUUUCAUGUGCUUUUCAGAAAUAUACUUAAAAUUGUACUUAAUUAUAGUUUUAAGAAAAUCUUAUUCUUUUGAUGAGCCUAUAAGUACAUUUUUCACUUUUUUAGUUUAUAGAGAGUAUACUGCAAAGUGUACUUUUAUAAACUGAAAAUGUGUUAAAAGUAUUAAAGUAUACUAUCAGUAUAGCUAUUCACUUGUAGUACAGUUGGAGUAUAAUUGAAAAUACUCAAAAGUUAACUUAAAGUAUACUUGAAGUUUCAUAAACUAAACUGGGCCAAUUUAGUCCUGCUUAUUGAAAUAGUACACACACAAAUAUACUACUAGUACAGUGAUUUAGGUACACAUAUUAUUUAAAGUAAACUUGAAUUUAACUUAAAUAUACUUAAUAAAAUGAACUUGAAGUAUACUUUUUUAUUCGUCUUUUAGCAAAUAUUGAGCAACCUGAUAAAUAUGUUUUGUUUGCCUGAUGGCUAAAGCUAUUUUAGGCGCUGUGUAACAAAGAAAAAUUUGGUUUUGGUGAUUUACCAUGCUGUUGUCUUGUAAGUUUGAGAAAAACAGUUUUUGUCUAAGAAGACAAGGAAUGUAGUUGCAUGACUAGGAAACAGCAUCAGACUAAGAUGGCCAUGAGUUAAGUCUAUCCCUGAGGAGAAUAUGUAUCUCAAACGAGUGAUCUUCCUCCAUCUUUCUUUUCCUGUCGCUCUUUCCUCUCUGAGGCUCUAGGCGUUCGAAGGGGCGGUUACCGAGAGCUACUUUAAAUGAACAGAGUCACACCACACUGAGCUAGAAAACAAAAAUGAGUGAUUUAACGUUGAGUCGACGUUAAAUUGGUUAUUCUAAUUAAAUAUUACGACCAAAUCAAAGAUCCCUUUCUCUUUACCACUAGAUUGGAAUGUAACCUGUAGCAGUUUAGGCUAAGGUUUUUUCCAAUGAGACUGGCCUUAAUGUUUACCUGUAUAUCUGUACCACUGCAUGUCUCAAAUACAAUUAUUUAGGACUAUUUGCACAUUAGGGUUGGAACAGGACCUUUAGGGGUGAUUCACAUUUCGCGUCUUUUGCGCAAGUUAGUUAUUUUAAAUGUAGACACACGGCAGGUGUGCGCAAAUAGGGAGCGAUGUGCUCGUGACGCGCAUAUGGUGCGCCGCGCACAUUUUUCUAGCCACGUCGGCACCGCAUCGAGAUGGAAAUAGUUAAUCUUUUCGGAGUGUCGCGCAAAAUGUGAAUCGCCCUAUAGAAGACUUUAAAGUAUAUAACUCGUUUUUGUUGAUAUUUAAAACUCUGCAACAGGUUAAAAGUAACACAUGUAAGGAUAGCUAAUGGACAUAUAUAUAUCCUGUUUUUUAGAAAUACUGCAAAGUUUACAAAGUCAGGAUUGCUUUCACUCAGAGAUCGUUGACGUGAGACGCGUGUGGUCUGUUGUACGGUUAUGUGAAGUCACGUAAAGUUGCAGUACACUUUCAUGUAGCGCUGUAUUGAUUGAUUUGUCAUUUGGGAGAUCAAAUUUAGAAUUACAACAAUUUGCGAUGGCCUGUAUAUUUGAGGAUGUACCUCUAAUGUCGCCAUCCAAGAAAUUCUUUUUCUUAGUUAACUUAUAUAAUCUUUCCAGUAUAAUGCAAUGUUUAUACGUAAAACUUAUCACGUAGAUUACAGAGUUCAUAACAAACAUGCACAGAGACUUGAGUGAAUGUAUAGUUGCAUGCCUUAACCUCCGCACCGACGUGAUGUCCGUCAGAGGGACUGUGUUAAAUUGACUGUCCCUCUAUUGAUUGUGUUGGAUCUCUACACUCCCAGAAUGCACUUUGAGAAACACCACCCUCAAUGUAGAUUGUAAAAAGAUUGUCUUACAGACCAAGAAUGAACCAUCAAUGUGGCUAGUAUGUUCUAUCGCACACUGAUAUCCAAACAUGGGAUACACUACCUUGUAGCCACUACACACAGAAUGCAAAUGUCCAAACAUACUCUGUGCAAACACGUGAACGCAAAUGCUUCGUUGUGUAUGAUUGAUAUUUCCAUUUUAACAAAAAGUAUGCAUCCUAUUCUCGGCAGAAAGUUUAGUGCAAACGUUUUUUUAUGGUUAGCUGUUGUUCCAACAGUUCAUUCAGUUUUCAUUCAAAAAUAACUUAAGAUUUUAAAAAGAUAACGUAAGAUUUUCUUUAAACAUCACUCCACUAUAACAGUAGCAGGCAUUUAAAAACACUAAUGUAUGUGUGUUUAUGCUAAUGUGCACAAUGGUGCACCUUAUGGCAAAUGGUGGUACUGCAUAUUUGCGUUGCAUCGUGAAUUGUAUUGCGUUUUUUUGUGUUUGCGUUCACAUACUUGAGUAACUUGUAAAAAAUAACUUAAGAUGUUAACAAGAUAACAAUACUUUUUUUAAAACACAAUAUUAUAAACGAUAUAUAUGUUUAUGCUGACACUAUAAAUUAUAAAUUGUUUUCGCUUUUGUGUUUGCGUUCACGUUUUUGCAUGUGGAGUAUAUUUUGGCCUAAAUGAGCCUUUUUACGUCAGCAAAGAAAUGACACAAUUACCUGUUAACAACCCAUCUCAGGUCAUUACACAAGUCACUGUAUGUCCCCAGGCCUUGCCUUUCUCACGUUAGUUUAAAUUUAUGUAGAUUGUGUAUCGCAGUACUGGAUAUCGUGUUUAUUCGACCGAGCGUUAUCUUGUGCAGGCCAUUUGGAGGGUAAUGAGAAAUUGACAUGUUCUGGGGUAUGGAAGUCAGGGUAAUAAAUCCACUAUAACAUAUGCCUUGACUGAACCUCUCUUUUAGUGUACUGCAUCUUUAUUUGCUAUCAACAUGUCUCACUUUAAUCUAUUGUUCUAUAUUUAAAAAAAGACAGAAAAUCAGAGCAUGACUGAAAAAAAUUCUAUGCAAGUGUUGCAUGAUAUCUGAUUGUUUAUUUUGAUUGUUUCUGAUCUACUUUAGUAUUGCAUUGAUUCUUGUUGUUUGUAAGUAUUAUUCUAGAUAGUAAGACAAUUCACCCUGUUUUUUACUGAGCACAGACAAGGGGCUCCUGAUGGAAGUUUUUAUUUAUUUAUUAUUUGUUUUAAAGCUCCUCUUCAAAUUCAUGGGCUUCAAUACCUCCACUGUUAUCGUUUUAUUUAGUUAACUGUUGAGCUUAUCAUAUAAUUGGAUUUAUGGUUUGAAAUGAUGUUUUGGGUUCAAGUUAAGCUCUAUCAACAGCAUCAGUAAUUUCUGUAUUUGUGUAAAAAGCAAACAAAUUGUUCACACUAAUACACUUAUAACGGAAGUCUAUGGGGCAAGAAAUUGCAUAGGGAUUAAUGUUAUAAUAUGCACUGUUUUGUGAGUACAGUGUGUUAACAUGAGACUAGUGUGAUAUAAUCAGAAAUAUUUUUAUAUGGAAAAAUAUAUAUAAACUCUUCUAACCCUCAAUAACGUCUUAGCCCUUAGACUUACAUGGUAUGUGCAUUAUUGUAAUAAAAUCUCAAUUACCACAGCUGUUAGUCAUAGAGAGUAACUUGCAUUGAAUGUUUUUGGACUUAAAAAAAUUACUAUUAAGUUGCGUUAAUGCAAGCUUGGAAACUCUUCAUUGAUAUUAAGAAAGAAAAGAUAAUGUUUAUAUGAUAUACAAAAACAUUUAUGAGCUAACUUUUACAUUUCUUAAUUUGUCAGAAUACAUGCUACAUUUUUCUUGUUUACGGCAUGGUAUUGUUUUCCAGCAGACCAGUACAGCUACCAUAACAAAUAUUUUCCUUUUUGAGGUAUAAGCAGCACAAUUUUUAUGACGAGUAUAAUUUGAGUCCUUUGUCUUCUAUUCUGUAUGCAAUACAAACAUGGAAAGAAAACGCCUUAGAACAUUAACACUUCCUCUUCUGUGUGAGUAGAGAAAAAGAUAUUGCACUAUUUUUUUCUUUUUUUGAUGUCUGCUUUGUAUUGAAAUAAAUGCACUAGGUAGAACAAUAAUCCCAACGGACAUUGAUGUGUUCCUCAGGCUUGAUGUAGGUACACUCUCUCUCGCCCCUUCAUCUUUAUGACAUGCCAACAUGAAAGAUAAAAUCCUGCCUGAUGCUGUAUAUGCUUUAUAUUUAAAUAAAAUGCCACUAGUUAAAAAAAUAAAAAACAUUUUAUGUACUUUUAA